ACUGCGCGGCGUCGGAUGCUGUGCAGGUGCGGGAGCAAAACACUCGCGUGAAAACUGAUUAAGAAGAAGGCGAAAUGACAAGGACAGGUCUUGCAAUUGCAAGAAAAUCCUUCGUUAGACCUCGUCGCACAUAUUCUUAUGUUAUAAGCCACAUCCAUCCUCAAUAUCACACCUUUACUCUCUCCGAGUGAUGCUGCUGCUGCUGUCUAUGCAGCAUCCUGAUCCUGAGCACUGACCCUAACAACCGCAAGGCUCCUAACUCAUCUACCUCGACAUCCCUCUUUACCCUGGUACUGGCACUGCUUCACACACAGAAGAUAGAUGAGCCUGGGAGGUGGUGCUUGAGUGGAGUCCUACUGGGAGAAGUAAUGCUCUGUGUGUAGACCUUCCCUUAUUCCAACCAUGAGUCACCAGGAGGCGCCGCAUGGCCAGGAGUUGAGAGAGGCGGCUGAGGCAGACCUGGAGCGUAGGGGCCCUGAGGGCCAACAGCCCCCCUCAUCCUACCGUAGACGCCAUGACAAUGGAGAUGGCAGCUCCCGCUCCGGUCGCCCCCGCAACCACCACAGCAACCACGGUACGGAGAAUAACCACUACCAGUCCCAACAGCAGGGGGCCCCACGUUACCGCAGGUACGAGGGAUCUAAAGGAGGGACGAACCGCACACGUGCCACAAGAAGGCCAGCAGAAGAAGGUGAUACCGAACAGCAACCCGUUCAGCAGCCCAUACCGAGACCUGCAGUGACACGUUACCGCAGACAGGGGGACAACGAGGCCCGAAUCCGGGCGCAGCAACAGAGACAGCGACCGCGGGAGAGGCAGCAGAGAGAUGCGGAGAGAGCCGAACAGCACAGGCUGGAACAACAACAGCAUCUCAUCUCUCCUACACAAGCCAUGCUGCCCACUAGAGAGCCAGAGGAAGCUGAGGAAGACGAGGGAGAUGCCGGCAGCGCUUUGGCCCGAUCCGCCAGCACAGAGAGUGGCUUCCACAACCACACAGACCGUGCAGAGGGGGAUGCAGUCAUGGUCCUGGAAGCAGAGCCUGAAGACGAAAGCACAUAUGGCAUCCCACUUCGCCCGGAAUCUGAGGAGUACACAGAGAGCGCAGAGUCGGAGCAACAGCACGGUGGUCCAGCUUACCGCCAACCCCAAUACCCACCUCAACCUCCGCCGCUACCUCGAGAGCCCCUGCCCAAUGCUGAGAGGCCCCAUGACGCAGAAACGAUAAACCCCAACUACUCCAAUUAUGUUUACACUCAACCCAUGUACCGCAGUCCUACCAGAGCAGGAGAGGCCCGUGAAGGUGGAGCAACAGAAGAUGAGCCAUACUCUGAGCCCUACGCUGAAUACACCCUUCAGGAGCACGUUUAUGAGGAAAUCACGGACGCCCCCUCGGCCAAAGCUGAGGGACAGACUCCACAACAGCGCAGGGCAGAGUUCAGGCUCUUCGAUCGUGACUUGUACCAGCAACAGGAGGCUGUUGGGUCCAGGCUCCACCACUAUGACGAGCGAUCCGACGGAGAGUCGGACAGUCCCGAAAAGGAAGCCGAAUUUGCCCCGUACCCCCGUGCCGACAGCUGCGAGCAGGAUGAGGACAUUGACCAGAUUGUGGCAGAGGUGAAGGAGAGUCUGAGCUCACAGAGCCUGGAGCGUGUCGCUAUGGGCCUGGACAAGGACGGUAAUGCAGAAGAAGAGUGGUCUGAGUCAGAGUCACAUGGUCAAAUGGACGAAAUCAAACCCCCGGAGCCAAUAAGUGAAAGAGAGGGUGUAGAGCAGCCCCCCAGAAGUCCCUCAGAAGAGCUAGCUCCAGUUGUUAGGAGCAGUCGUGAGAAGAGAGACGCAAUCUCACUGGCUAUUAAGGACAUCAAAGAGGCAAUAGAGGAGGUGAAGACAAGGACAGUCCGCUCGCCCUACACGCCAGACGAACCCAAAGAACCCAUCUGGGUAAUGAGACAGGACCUGAGUCCUACAGCAGAAUCUGACUUGCAGCCAUCUCUAGGGGCUGAUUCACCAGGCUCAGACUCCACCUCCCCACAGGGGGCGGAGUCUUCCAGCCAUCACCUGCCAUCACACGAGGGGAGUGACAGCUUUGAGUCUCCGUCACCAGCCAGUAAAGAGUCAAGGAGAAGUCUUGCUUCAUUCCCGACAUAUGUGGAAGUACCAGGCCCAUGUGACCCAGAGGACCUCAUUGACGGUAUAAUCUUUGCUGCUAACUACCUGGGAUCCACCCAGCUGCUCUCAGACAAGACGCCCUCCAAAAACGUGCGCAUGAUGCAGGCUCAGGAGGCUGUGAGUCGCAUUAAGACGGCCCAGAAAUUAGCCAAAAACAGGAAGAAGGCUCCAGAAGAUGAAGCUCAGCCCAUGACAGAGGUGGACCUCUUCAUUUCCACUCAGAGAAUCAAAGUGCUCAAUGCAGACUCACAGGAGACCAUGAUGGACCACCCUUUAAGGACCAUCUCCUACAUCGCUGAUAUUGGGAACAUCGUGGUGUUGAUGGCCAGAAGGAAAAUGCCUCGCUCCGACUCUCAGGAGAACAUGGAAGCCUCUGACCCGGCCCAGGACGAGAAGCGCCAAUACAAGAUGAUCUGUCACGUGUUUGAGUCUGAAGAUGCUCAGCUCAUAGCUCAGUCCAUCGGCCAGGCUUUCAGUGUGGCGUACCAAGAGUUCCUUCGUGCCAAUGGCAUCAACCCAGAGGAUCUGAGCCAGAAAGAGUACAGCGACCUCCUUAACACACAGGACAUGUACAACGAUGAUCUCAUUCACUUUUCCAAGUCUGAGAAUUGCAAAGAUAUUUGCAGUCUGAUGAGAGGAGGGAUAGCAGAGCGCGGUGGGGUGCGUGUCGGCCACCGGAUCAUUGAAAUCAAUAGCCAGAGUGUUGUGGCCACCCCUCAUGAGAAGAUUGUACACAUUCUGUCAAAUGCAGUUGGUGAGAGGUGUCCUAUCAGAGUAACCACAGGUGUAGUUCAUCGCAUUAACUACGAGCAUGAUUCACUAACAUUUGACAACCAGAAAGUGUCCAAACAUGCUGGCAACGUCUGA